GAAAGCUAUCGCCACGGCAACAGCAGCAGAGUUUAGCGAUCGGAAAUCUGCAGCUAGCGUAACACUAACGCAAGAGUAAUUCAAUAAAGACAGUUUUUACCUCUUUAGUGUGUUGCAAUGAACGAAUCAGUGGCCAAAAAGACACAGGAGAGUUUGGGGAAAGUGAUUAAAAAGCCUCCACUUACAGAAAAACUGCUCACCAAACCACCGUUCCGAUACCUGCACGACAUAUUCAGUGAGGUAAUUCGUACCACAGGCUUUAUGAAAGGACUGUAUGGAGAGUCAGAGAUGAAGUCAGAUAAUGUGAAGGAUAAAGACUCAAAAAUAGCGUUUCUUCAGAAGGCCAUCGACGUGGUGAUGCUGGUCAGUGGAGAGCCCUUGUCUGUUAAACCCGCUCGGAUAGUAGCUGGACAUGAACCAGAGAAGACCAAUGAGCUGCUGCAUGCCAUUGCUAAGUGCUGCCUCAACAAGCUCUCCAGUGACGAGGCAGUUAGGCGGGUGUUAUCAGGAGACAAAUUGGACCUGAAGGGGAAGCCCAGCACCUCCAGGUCACAGGACAAGGAGAACCGUGAGGGCAGGGAGCGCCACAGAGACAGAGAGGAGAGGAAGGGCAUCAAGGAAAGCAGUGGGAGCCGAGAGCAAAAAGAUCCAGAUCAAUCCAAAGAUCAGGAGACCAGGAGGGACGACAAGGACAGACGGCGAGAUGCCGAGAGGACUGACAAGGGACAUGAAAGAGACAGGACAAAAGACAGAGACAGAGACAUGGACAAGAGCCGUGACCGGGAGAAAGACAAGACCCGAGAGAAGGACCAUGAGCGAGAGAAAGAGAAGGAGCGCUACAAGGAUAAGGAGAGAGAGAGAGAUAAAGAGAGGGAGAAGAAAAAAGAACGAGAACCGCAUAAAGACAGAGAGCGAGAACGAGACAAGGAGAGAGAUCGCGAGCGAGAGAAACGACGGGGUAGAGAAAAAGAGAAAGAACGACACAAAGAGACGGAGGAAAAGCUGAAGGACAGAGCCGAUAGAAAGAUCAGGGUGGCUGAGGAGACCAGCAAGCCAAAGACUCUCCCAGAAGAUGCGAGUAAAACCAUUGAAGCUCAAGCAGAAGAGGUUGAGAGUCCUUCCCGGAUCCCAAGGCCCUCGUCAGCUAAAGGACAGCGACGGUGGCCCAAAACAGGUGGUCAAGAUGAGUCUGACAUUGAAGGAGAUGGGGAUGCUCCAUCAGAAAAAACAAUUCCCAUUGAAAAUGGUGAUGCAACAGACACUGUGUCAUCUCAUACCACCCACAGCACAAGAUUAGCGCGACCAAGCAGCGCUCGACCGGCGGCCCCCCGCGUGAAGAGACAGGAGAGCUAUGCUGAUGUGACCCCAGCGGAGAGGCUGGGCAGUGGUAAGCCCCCUGCAGUGGUCAUUAUGGAUGGUAAGAAGCUCUCUGAAGAUGAGGAUGAUGAAGAUGGGCAGUUUGUAGUGGAGGCAGCUCCGCCUCCCGUUGCCAUACCUGAAAUCGAGCAUAAUUCACUUGAACUGCAAGGGGAAGACAAACACGGUGGACUUGUGAAAAAAAUCCUUGAAACAAAAAAAGACUAUGAAUCAUCUCCUUCUCCAAAGUCAAAGGAUCAGGAUCAGAUGUUGGUGUCCGAGUUGUCUCGUAAGAAGGAACGUGAACUGGUGGCGAAGGAGAUCGAGCGCCUGCGUUCAUCUAUACAGAUGGUGUGCCGCAGUGCUCUGCCCUUGGGCAAGAUCAUGGACUACAUUCAGGAGGACAUGGACUCGAUGCAGAACGAACUACAGACCUGGCACAAAGAGAACAAAGAGAACACACAGGCUCUACUACAGGAACAAAGAAUCACAGACGGCGUAGUGGAACCUCUGAAGGCCGAGCUCGCUGAACUGGAGCAUUUAAUCAAAGACCAGCAGGACAAGAUCUGCACGGUCAAGUCCAACAUCCUGAAGAAUGAGGAGAAGAUUCAGAAGAUGGUGUCCAGCAUCAGCUUCUCCUCACUGACGUGAACUUAUCAACACACCCCAAAUGAAAGCCGAAGCAAUGAGCAGUGGGUGACACUAGGUCAGAUGUCUUGUUUGUAACCUGUAAGCGGGCACCGGAGAAAGUUCAGGUGCAGGUAGAUUCGGAGUCACCUUCAUUUAUCCCCCUCCAUGUAAGGUGCCUUCUGGAAGACCCGUGGUCUUUUUUCGAUGGUUCACUGCGAUUCUCAACCAUUUCUCGGAGGGACAGACACACCUACACUACUGCAGUAGAUUUGCACUCUUCACUUGAUUGAGAGAUAAAUGUGUGUGGCCACCAUAUUGAUGUGUCCUGUGUUUUGUAAUGGGCUUUCAGUUUAUAUCCAUGUUUUAUAUAUACAAUAUACUGUAUAUAUAUAUUUGUUUGCUUUUUCAUUCAGAUUGAUAGGUGGUGUUGUCUCAAAAGAAAAUACUGGCAAUAAAUCUGCAUGUGUGACCUGCUUCAUCAUGAUGAGUCACUUUGACUGAGAAACACAUUUUGAGUUUAUGCACUUAAGUGUAAAGGAAAGCCAAUGUUGAGUCAACAUUUCAAUGAUUAUAUCUCAGUCUGGAGUAGAAACGUAACUUUAUAAGUUUACUACAGAAUUUUACUUUCUAACCUUAGUGCAUAAAUCCCUUCUGGGUCAAAAUCACUGAAAAAGGAGGAGCAAGUCACAUCGAUAGUUGUGCUCAUAGAUAUCAUACUUUUUUUUUAUUAUAUAUUAAUGCCCAGAAGCUUCAUUACAGAUAUUUAAGUAUAUUCCAAAAGGCAAAAUAAUAUAAAAUGGGUGUGUGAACUUUUUAACUGUAUAUAUAGUGUAUAUUCAGUUAUUAUUUUAUCUUGUGGAAUAUAUGAAAUAUAUCUUAUGUACAAUAGUUUCAUCAGCACAGUAAUGAAUAAAAAAAUUAAAAAAAUUUGUAUGAUCCCUUUUAUUUUAAAUGAGCAUCUUGCAGAUUCUUCAGAAGGUAUGUGAACAUAUAAGCAGAACUUAAUAUAUACAAUACUGCUUUUCUAGUGUAAUUUCUGAAGAUCUCUGUAAGCAAUCAAAUUUUGCAGAUGAGCAUUAGAAUUGCUUAAAGCAAAGCAAAACAAAAUUGAGACUCAAUACAGUUAUCUGGACAAGCACCUCUGCACUUUGAUGAAUGAGACUGUCUAGAACACAAAGCAAGAUUUACCUGUGCACAUUGAAAACAAGUAGCGUGAUAUAUUGUUCAAGAAAUGAGAUGAGGUAGCACAAAUGUGAUUUAAGUGAAGACAUGUACCUUGAUCAAAUGUACUGUGUAUUUUUCAAAUUAAUUUCAGUAAUGGAAAAAGGUCAGAUUUUUUUAAUUCAGAAAAUACAACUUACACUUUGUCGUUACAGGUUUUUGGGCAUCAGAUUUUCUGAAAGUGUUUUGAGAGUGUUUUCUACUGCAAAUUAAGAUCCCUGAAGCAAUUAGAAAAUGUAUCAACAUACACUGGCUGCUAAAAGUUUGGAAUAAUUACAGAUUUUGCUCUUAUGGAAAGAAAUCGGUACUUUCAUUCACAAAAGUGGCAUUCAACUGAUCACAAUAUAUAGUCAGGACAUUAAUAAUGUGAAAAAUUACUAUUACAAUUUGAAAAAAGAUUCAUAACUUCUUAAUCUACUUCAAUGAGUUCUCAUCAAAAAAUCCUCCACGUGCAGUAAUGACAGUUUUGCAGAUCCUUUGCCAUUCCAGCUGUCAGUUUGUCCAGAUACUCAGGUGACCUUUCACCCACCGCUUCCUGUAGCACUUGCCAUAGAUGUGUCUGUCUUGUCGGCAUUUCUCACGUACCUUAUGGACUAGCUGAUCCCACAAAAUCUCAAUGGGUUUAAGAUCCAUAACACUCUUUUCCAGUUAUCUGUUGUUCAAUGCCCACUCUAACCUUUUCUUUUUUUUCUGUUUCAAAAGUGGCUUUUUCUUUGCAAUUCUUCCCAUAAGGCCUGAGUCUUCUCUUUACUGUUGUACAUGAAACUGGUGUUGAGCGAGAAGAAUUCAAUGAAGCUGUCAGCGGAGGACAUCUGGAGUGGUGGUGGCGGCAUAGUGGCUAAAGCACAGGGCUGUUAAUCAGAAGGGCGCUGGUUCGAGCCCCACUGCCACAACAAUUGUGCCCUUGAGCAAGACACUUAACUCCAGGUUGUUCCAGGGGUAUUGUCCCUGUAAUUAUUGCACUGUAAGUCGCUUUGGAUAAAAGCGUCUGCCAAAUGCAUAAAUGUACAUCUGGCCUUGAAUAUCUCUUUCUGUCCUUGUUAGAGCCAGUUGUCCUUCAUCUUCAGUUUUUUGGCAAUUUCAAGCAUUCUAUAGCCUUCAAUCCUCAAAGCCUCAAUGAUUGACUGACAAGUUCUUUUUUUACCAUUUUUGACCUAAUAUUGACCUUAAGACAUGCCAGUCUAUUGCAUACAGUGACAAUUCAAAAACAAACACAAAGACAAUGUUUCAGCUGUGUUUGAUAGAAUGGCAAGUGAUUUUCUAGCACCAAAUUAGCAAUUUAGCAUGAUUACUCAAGGAUAAGAUGUUGGAGUGAUGGCUGCUGGAAAUGGGGUCUGUCUAGAUUUGAUCAAAAUGACUUUUUUUAAAUAGUGAUGGUGCUGUUUUUUACAUCAGACUAUACUUUGUGAUCAGUUGAAUGCCACUUUUGUGAAUUAAAGAACCAAUUUUCCUUCUGAAACAGCAAAAUCUGUACAUUAUUCAAUUAUUCUUUGGCCGCAAGUGUAUAUAUUUUGAUACGGGUAAAAUGUUUGUAAAAAGUGUGAAUACUGUGUUAGAUGAAGCAAUAAAAGGCUGAAUCUGUCAAAGUUGAUCAUCUGGUCAUGCACAACAUUUUAUAAUGUACUCUGUAUGUAUUGAUUGCCUACUGUGGAAAAGUCAAACCGUUUUAGAAGAAUUUCAAAUAUAAACCACAUAGUGAAAAAUUCAAAGUACAACUUGAAUAUACAUAUUAUAAACUUUUCAGUAUUAUCAGCUGCACACUAUGACAGAAAAUAGAAUUUGGUAUUUAUUUUGAGGAAAAAUCGUCUAUAUAAACAUCAAUAAAUUGUCUUUGCAUUUCCAUUUAUAUUUUAUAAGAGCUGACCAGUUACACUGUAAACCAUUUUUACCACAUCAAUACUCUUUAUUGUACAUGUUGUGUAUAUGUUGUUUGUAUCAUAGUUCACAAAUGAAUAUUAAUUUUCUAGUAAAUCAUAAUAAACAGUUACAUAUCUGGUAAAAGAGCGAGUUACUGGAAAAGUCAUUGGCUGUGAUUGGAAUUGAAUACUAGGAAGAAAAAAAUAUUGAAAACAAUUGCAUGUGAAACUGAACUCUAUAUGCCAUAAUAAACAUUUCAAAUAGUCAUAUGCUACAUUGUUUCCACAUGACUUCAUGUUGCAGAGAGCGGCUUCCAUCUUGGAAAUAAAUGGUUAUUUUUCAUUUUAAUCCAA